AGACUGCAUACAAGGUCAUUUGCAAUGUGAUGGAAAAAACGAUUGUGGUGAUGGAUCCGAUGAGAGAGGAUGUGCUGCGCCCCAGUUGAGGCGGUCGUCUCCUCCAAGGCUCGUUGAACAAAUGAGAGAAAAGGAAGUCAAGCUGAUCUGUAACGUGAGCGAUGCUAAAAAUUACAUUUGGUAUAAGGAUGAGAGAAAGAUUCAUCUGCCCUCUGAUCGGUAUUUUGUAAAAUCACAUUGGUAUCUGCAAAUUACGGACGUUCUUAAAUCGGACAGUGGAACGUUUGUUUGCUUGGCUUCCAAUAGCUAUGGAAAAUUAAAUUGCACAGUGAGGUUGAUUGUUGAAGAUCCAACGGCUUCACCUACAAAUGUUUUAGGAGAUAAGGCUCGCGAUGCUCUUGUCCCUGGAAUCGUCUCGGCAGGCGUGCUAAUUACCGUAGCUGCUUUAUCUUUUAUCUGCUGGCGCCGUCGAUCCCGAUCCAAGGAGCCCGUGAAUAGUGCAAUUUCAAUGUCAGAACUUGAAUUUGAAUACGACGCGUUCGUUAUUUUCAGCUCCCAAGACUCGGAUUGGGUGACUAAAACUCUAAUUCUAACUUUGGAGGAAAAGCACGGUUUUAAAUGCUGUGUACACUACAGAGAUUUCGUUGUCGGAGUACCUUUUCGUGAAAAUAUGGUCAACAGUGUUUACAAGUCAAGAAAAACAAUAGCUGUGGUGUCUAAUAACUUUUUCAAUAGCAGUUAUUGCGGUUCUGAAAUGGAUUACGCCCUUCACCGACUCAUGGAAAGGAGAGAUAACAGUUUAGUCGUUAUCAAACUUGAUGAUGUGGACAGAGGAAAACUCCCAAAGGAGCUGCGAGAAAGGAGCUUCAUAGACCUUUCAAAGAAUGUUGAAAAGGAACACUGGGAAAGAAAAUUGGUUAAAUGUUUAACGAUCCCUUGCGAUUUGUCACAGGAACAGAUUUUGUAACAAACUUUUUGAUAAUUAGGUUUUAACUACUUUUGUAUGUGCGGUAACUAACUCGAAACGUGGCGCUGUAUAAGUAUAUAAAUAAUAUUUAUCAUUUGCACUGAAUAACCAAUUUACUUUGUGCUUUCCCUUCAAUUCCAUGUGCUUUCAAGUGAGACAUCGCUUGCCCACGCUGUAAGUGUUAUAAAGUAGUCUUGUAGCAAAACCGAAGAUAUUUGUAUUGAAACAGGAGAAAGCGACUGUAACUAAUGUGUUUAGAGAUCAGGAGGGCAAUAGGUCUUUUUCAUCGGGUAUCUACCUUUUUUAAGUGUAUUCGAAU